UUGGUGACAGAAUAAUGCAUGCAAUGAUAAAACAGUUUGUAGGUAUUUUUGUUUGAUUUCAUUUGAUUAAGGGGCAUGGUUGGUUGGUUGGACCAGACACAGAAGUGAGGUGUUGAACCUGUUUCCUAUAAUUAGGAAAUCAACAACAUAAAACAUUAAUUCAUAUCUAUCUUAUGAUGCCAUAGUUAGACUAUUUCAUCUUUCCCUCUAACACCCUUCUUUCUUGACAAUUCCAAAACCACCACCUCGUGCCAUUCAUAUCAUCAAAACCAUCAAUUUGGCAAGAAGGAAACAUUAUUGAUGUCAUCAUCAGAGAAAGAAGGCAAAGAUGAAUCGUCAACAUGGAUUCUUGAGACCAUUGAGAUUGAUCCCAUUGUGGAAAAGCCUAAAAUGGAAGAGAAUGAAACCCCUAAUGAAAGCAUGGUGCUAAAAUCACAGAAUGAAGCUUCUAUGAACAACAAUGUGAGGAGCAGGGUUAGCUUUCAGGGGAAUGGGGGGAGCAAGAUGAUGAGGAUGGAAUCAGGAGCAGCCAGGGGGAUUAAGGGUUUACGGUUUCUUGAUAGAACGGUCACAGGGAAAGACGAUGAUGCAUGGAGGUCCAUUGAGAAACGUUUUGCUCAACAUGCAGUUGAUGGAAAACUCCCUAAAGGCAAAUUUGGAGCAUGCAUGGGCAUGGGGGGAGACUCAAAGGAUUUUGCUGGGGAGCUGUACGAGGCUUUGGCAAGGAGAAGGAAAAUCUGUGCACAAAAUGGGAUAACUUUGGAUGAAGCUAGAGUAUUCUGGGAGGACAUGACUAGCAAAGAUCUUGAAUCAAGGCUUCAUGUGUUCUUUGACAUGUGUGACAAAAAUGGGGAUGGUAGGUUAUCAGAAGAGGAGGUUCAGGAGGUUAUAGUGUUGAGUGCCUCAGCAAAUAAGCUAGGAAAUCUCAAAGUGCACGCUUCUGGGUAUGCAGCUUUGAUAAUGGAAGAGCUAGACCCUGAUCAUCAAGGAUAUAUAGAGAUGUGGCAGCUAGAAACUCUGCUGAAGGAAAUGGCUAGUGCAGAAGAUGGCGCCAAAAGGCUUAAUCUGAAUAAAGCCAUGACUUUGAGUAGAGCUAUGAUACCAAGCAAGUACAGAACCCCCAUGAGCAAAUUUAUAUCUAAAACCACAGAAUUUAUAUUUGAUAAAUGGAAAAAAAUAUGGUUCAUCGCACUUUGGUUGGUCAUAAACUUGGUGCUUUAUAUUUGGAAGUUUAACCAAUACAGGCAAAAAGAUGCAUUCGAAGUCAUGGGUUACUGUGUCUGCUUCGCAAAGGGUGCUGCUGAGACUCUUAAGUUCAACAUGGCUCUUAUUGUCCUAACCAUGUGUAGAAGAACACUUACAAAGGUUAGGGAAUCCUUUCUAAGUAGGAUCAUCCCUUUUGAUGACAACAUAAAGUUUCACAAAACGAUUGCAGUAGCUGUGGUUAUAGGGACUUUUAUACAUGUAAUUAUGCAUAUCUCUUGUGAUUUUCCAAGAUUAAUAUCAUGUCCAAAACAUAAGUUCAUGGCGAUACUUGGGAAUGGUUUUAACUAUGAGCAACCUACUUACUACACCCUUGUUAAAAGUAUUCCUGGUGUAACUGGAAUUCUUAUGGUCUUGAUUAUGGCCUUUACCUUCCUUCUAGCAACACAUUAUUUCAGAAAAAGUGUUAUCAAGUUACCUUCCCCGUUGCAUCGAUUGGCUGGCUUCAACGCCUUUUGGUAUGCACAUCAUUUGCUUAUUGUGGUUUACAUACUCCUCAUCGUACAUGGCUACUAUUUGUUUCUCACCAAGGACUGGCACAAGAAAACGACUUGGAUGUACCUUGUAGUUCCACUAGUACUCUAUGCGUCUGAGAGAAUUCACCCAUUUUUUAAGGGUAAAGAUCACCGAGUAAGCAUCAUUAAGGCAAUAGUAUAUACAGGAAACGUCCUAGCACUAUACAUGACCAAACCCCCAGGAUUCAAGUAUAAAAGUGGAAUGUAUGUUUUUGUCAAGUGUCCAGACAUAUCUAGUUUUGAAUGGCAUCCUUUCUCAAUCACCUCUGCACCUGGAGAUGAAUACUUGAGUGUCCAUGUACGAACCUUGGGAGAUUGGACCACAGAGCUUAAAAACAUAUUUACACAGGCUUGUGAGCCUCGGAGUUCACAUCAAAGGGGAAGCCUUAUGAGGAUGGAAACUAGAGCAUCAACUUCAGGCUAUGACCAUCCAACAUCAGGCGUUAGAUAUCCAAAGAUCUUCAUCAAAGGACCCUAUGGAGCCCCAGCACAAAGCUAUAAGAACUAUGAUGUCCUCUUGCUCAUAGGCCUCGGCAUCGGUGCCACGCCAAUGAUCAGUAUUAUAAAAGAUAUCUUGAACAACAUGAAGGCAGAAAGCCCUAAUGAAGGAAACUCUACACCGGACUCCUUCCAUAGCAAUCACUCUGAUGAAAACAGGAAAGGUCCUGAAAGAGCAUAUUUUUAUUGGGUGACAAGGGAGCAAUCUUCAUUUGAAUGGUUCAAAGGUGUCAUGGAUGAUAUUGCAGAAUAUGACCGUGAUGGAAUUAUAGAAAUGCACAACUAUCUGACUAGUGUCUAUGAGGAAGGUGAUGCAAGGUCCGCACUUAUUGCCAUGAUUCAGAAGCUGCAACAUGCUAAAAAUGGAGUUGAUGUAGUCUCAGAAAGCCGGAUACGAACACAUUUUGCAAGACCAAACUGGAAAAAAGUCUUCUCUCAAUUAGCAAAUGCACAUCAAAGUUCUCGGAUAGGUGUAUUCUACUGUGGAAGUCCUACUCUUACAAAAGUAUUGAAGAACCUUUGUCAAGAGUUCAGCCUAAACUCAUCUACCCGCUUUCAGUUUCACAAGGAGAACUUCUAAAGGAGAAAUUCACACAGUAUCAGUCAUGAAUUUGCAACCUGGCUUCAUCAAACAAUAGAAGACUAUAGAAUCUAUAGUGAGUUUGGAUUAAAAGUUUUGUAAGUUUAUUGUAUGUAAGUAGAUGUAAUAUCAGAGUUGUGUUGGUUUUGCUUAGAUCUUUAUAGUGUUAUUUAUCCCUUUUUUUUUUCUUUAACCUUUGUAUUCAUCCUCUCUUAGUCUCAUGAAAAAUUUCCAUAUGUUCAAAAUUUAAUGUUCAUCAAUCUACCAGUGUAAAUGAAAUAUGAAAUCUGUUAACAUCUCAAC